AUGUGUGGUGUAUUAGGUAUUGCAUUAGGUGAUCAGACUAAAGUGGUUGCUCCUGAAUUAAGUGAUGGCUGUCUUUUCUUACAACAUCGUGGUCAAGAUGCUGCUGGUAUCACAACCUGUGGUCCAGGUGGUAGAUUUUACCAAUGUAAAGGUAAUGGUAUGGCUCGUGAUGUUUUCACUGAACGAAGGUUAACUGGUCUAGCUGGUGCUAUGGGUAUUGCUCAUUUACGUUACCCAACUGCUGGUUCAUCUGCUAAUUCUGAAGCUCAACCUUUUUAUGUUAAUAGUCCAUAUGGUAUAUCGUUGGCUCAUAACGGUAAUUUAGUUAAUACUUUGAGUCUGAAACGUUAUCUUGAUGAAGAUGUUCAUAGACACAUCAAUACCGAUAGUGAUUCUGAACUGCUGUUGAACAUUUUUGCUUCUGAAUUAGAGAAACAUAAUAAGUAUAGAGUUAACAAUGAGGAUGUGUUCCAUGCUUUAGAAGGUAUGUAUCGACUAUGUCGUGGUGGUUAUGCUUGUGUCGGUAUGUUGGCAGGUUUUGCCCUAUUUGGUUUUAGAGAUCCAAAUGGUAUUAGACCAUUAUUAUUCGGUGAAAGAGAGAAUUCUGAUGGUACCAAGGAUUAUAUGUUAGCUUCUGAAAGUGUUGUCUUAAAAGCACAUAAUUUCACUAAAUUCCGUGAUUUAAAGCCUGGUGAGGCAGUUAUUAUUCCAAAAAAUUGUGAUAAAGAGGAACCUGAAUUUAAACAAGUUGUACCAAUCAAUUCUUACCGUCCAGAUUUAUUCGAAUAUGUAUACUUUGCUAGACAGGAUAGUGUCCUUGAUGGAAUUUCUGUUUACCAUACAAGAUUACAGAUGGGUAAGAAGUUAGCAGAAAAUAUCGUUGAAAAAUUAGACCCUAAUGAAAUUGACGUUGUUAUCCCGGUUCCUGACACAGCUAGAACCUGUGCAUUGCAAUGUGCUAUCACGUUAAACAAACCAUAUAGAGAAGGGUUUGUCAAAAAUACCUAUGUUGGAAGAACUUUCAUUAUGCCAAACCAAAGAGAACGUAUUUCAUCUGUUAGACGUAAGUUGAAUCCAAUGGAAUCAGAAUUCAAAGGCAAAAAUGUCUUAAUUGUAGACGAUUCUAUCGUUAGAGGUACUACAUCCAAGGAAAUCGUCACAAUGGCAAGAGAAUCUGGGGCUUUAAAAGUUUACUUUGCAUCAGCCGCUCCAGCCAUCCGUUAUAACCACAUUUAUGGUAUUGAUUUAACUGACACUAAGAACCUAAUUGCAUAUCAAAAAACCGAUACAGAAGUUGCAGAGGCAAUCAAAUGUGAUCAAGUUUUCUACCAAUCUUUGGAGGAUUUGAUCGAUUGUUGUAAGACAGAGACAAUUGACAAAUUUGAAGUUGGUGUCUUUACUGGUAACUAUGUCACGGGUGUUGAAGAUGGAUAUCUUCAGGAACUAGAAAGGGUUCGUGCUGAGAACAAGAAGAACGCAGAAGACGUCAAGGCAGCUGUGGAUAUCGGUCUGUACAACUGUGCUGACUAUUAA